GUUUGGCCCUCGGCGGCACCCAUCGCCUGCGACAUCCGAUGACGUCAGAGCAGAGGAGGAGUUCCUGGUAAUCCAAACAUCGCCGUAAAAAACCCUUCAUAUCCAUUUCUCGAUAUCAAAGGCAUCUUACGGCAGCAGUCCUUUCACAGCAUGGCUGCUCAGAAGAUAAACGAGGCUCACGAACACAUAGCUAAGGCGGAGAAAUGCCUAAAGACGAGCCUGACUAAGUGGAAGCCUGACUUUGACAGUGCUGCGUCGGAAUACGCCAAAGCAGCUGUGUGCUUCAAGAACGCGAAGCAGUACGAGCAGGCGAAGGAUGCUUACCUGAAGGAGGCGGAGUACCACACGGAGAACAAGACGCUUUUUCAUGCUGCAAAAGCUAUUGAACAAGCAGGCAUGAUGAUGAAGGAACAAAAGAAGAUGCCGGAAGCCAUUCAGUACAUAGAGAAGGCGUGCAUGAUGUACAUGGAGAACGGGACUCCUGAUACUGCUGCCAUGGCUCUGGACCGGGCUGGAAAACUGAUAGAGCCUCUGAACCUGGAGAAAGCUGUUGACUUGUACCAGAAGGCAGCCGGGGUGUUUGAGAAUGAGGACCGCCUGCGUCAGGCUGUAGAACUGCUGGGCAAAGCCUCCAGACUUCUGGUUCGGUUAAAAAGGCUGGACGAGGCUGCCACCGCUCUGCAGAAGGAGAAGAACAUGUACAAAGAGAUUGAGAACUUCCCGAUGUGUUUCAAGAAAACCACGGCUCAAGUGCUGGUUCAUCUUCACAGAGGGGAUUAUGUGGCUGCCGAUAAAUGCGUCCGAGAAAGUUACAGUCUGCCCGGCUAUAGUGGAAGUGAAGACUGUGUUGCCAUGGAGACACUAUUACAAGGCUUUGAUGAGCAGGAUGAAGACCAGGUUUAUCGUGUGUGCAACUCUCCACUGCUGAAGUAUAUGGAUAACGAUUACGCCAAACUGGCCAUUUCCCUGAAGGUUCCUGGAGGAGGAGGGAAGAAGAAGAAGGCUGCCGCUGCUCCACAAGGGGGCAGCAGCGGGGCACCUGCUGCUGCAGAGGAUGAAGAUGAUGAAUACGAGGGUGGGCUGUGUUAGUUUCUGCUCUCCAGUGUGUCGACUGCCUACAUACGUCCAAGUGGCAAACCCUCUAAGUUCUGACGGCCGGCUGUUCAACCUUCAAUGUGCAAAAAAGCAAAACAGUAUCCUGAACAGCUAAACUACGUGUACGUUUUUUUUUUAACUGUGUUAUCCUACGAGGUGGACCUCGGCCUGCUCUUUAAAAACACGUCUUCAUAUUUGUUGUGUGUGAAGCUGUAUAUUUUGCUGUCAUUGUUGGUGGGUAGAGAGUAAGGCUAGUGAUGGGAGCUGAAGCGUUCUGGUCUGUGUAUAGAUGUUCAUUUGUACAGAGAUAAUUUAUUCAGUAUUCACGCCUCUGCUCUAUUGGAAACAAUCUGAAAUCACACGAUUGCUGCAUGUUUACUAAUGAAAUCCUUCAAAUCUUAUCUCUAAUGACAAAGCAAGUCCAUUCAUAAAUCAAGCUACUUGUGAUUUUUUUUAAUCUAAAUGAAGAUCGAUUUAGUUUACCUUGAGGCGUGUGCUUCAUCAGAUGGAAUAUUCCGGGCUGAGGUUUUGGUCCCUGAAUCAAUCCUUUGCUGUUCUAAGAGGGACCAUGCAAUGAUCUUUACUCCUCAUUCCUCGCAUGGUCACUGGUCUGUUAGGAUGAGGGUUAGCUGCCAGUUAAACUGUUGAAAUGGUAGGACUUUGUGGUGAUAAAGGGAUUCAUGACUUCUUUUAAAUGGAUGCUGUAGCCCCGCUCAUGUAAAUGGCUCUAAAGGAGGUCUCUGCACACGUCAAUAAACGUUUCCUUUGUGCUGCACUUGA